ACAAACUCCGAGCCUGGCUUUAUUGUCUGCGCGAGUCGGUUCGGCCUCGCACCUCAGCUUAGGCGGAGCGCUCUAGGACUCGGGAGUUCGUGUUUCAGUUCUGGCUCGUUUGGGAGGUCGAUUUCGAGUCCCAAAUUAGUCGGCAAAGUUCGAGGCAUCCACACGGGUUUCUGGUAUUAUUCCUUUGUAAAUACUGUUAUUUGUAUAUACUGUAAAUGAUGACAUCGGUGGGCGGCAGCCGAAACCGGGGAAACUGGGAGCAGACACAGGGUCAGACACAGAGCCAGUCACAGCACAAGCAGAGGCCUCAGGCCACCGCUGAGCAGAUCCGACUCGCGCAGAUGAUCUCCGACCACAACGAUGCUGACUUUGAGGAGAAGGUCAAGCAGCUGAUUGACAUCACAGGAAAAGACCAAGAUGAGUCCAUGAUUGCGCUGCAUGACUGCAAUGGAGAUGUCAAUAGAGCCAUCAACGUCCUGCUGGAAGGAAGCCCCGACACUGAUUCAUGGGAGAUGGUUGGAAAGAAGAAAGGGGUAUCGGGCCAGAAGGAAAGUGGACAGACGGAUGGAGGAGAAGAAGGCAAGGAGAACCGAGAAAGAGGAGGAGAGAGGGAUGUAGCACGUCGCAGGGGAGGGGCCUCGAGAAGAGGUCGUGGAGCCAGUCGUGGACGAGAGUUUCGUGGGCAGGAGAAUGGUCUGGAUGGGGCAAAAACUGGUGGAGUGGCAGGCAGAGGGACGGAGCGCGGCCGACGGGGAAGAGGCAGAGGGAGAGGAGGUGCUGGUAGGAGAGGUGGAAGGUUUUCAGCACAGGGCAUGGGCCAGAUUGAUAAGGGCCCCAGAUACGAUUUGUCAGGUGACGAGAGUACAUUUAAUCCAGCGGACUAUGCUGAGCCAGCACAAACAGAGGAGAGCUAUGCUGGGGGAAGCACUUGGAGCAACACAGGCAACCUGGAACCAGAAGAUGGAGCCAGGCUUGAGUUUACUGGAGGAGAAGGAACAAAUUACCCCCAGAAGUUUGACUCUGCUCCUGGUGCUUGGAGAACUGGUCCAGAAGAAUGGGGCACUGAAGACUGGAAUGAGGAUUUGUCAGAGACCAAGAUAUUCACUGCCUCCAGUGUGGCUGCUAUGCCCAUGCCACAGGAGAAUGUCACCAUAACUGCUGGACAGAGAAUCGAUUUGGCAGUGUUGCUGGGCAAGACACCCCCCUCCUCUUCUUCUGAGACGGAGGCAGCUCCACUGGAGGCCCAACAGCCCCCAUCGCUAUCUCAGUCUCUGGUCUUUAGCAACUCCAAACAGCCUGUUCCGCUCUCCCAACCCAGCUCCAACACCUCCUACAGUCAGCACAGUAUGGUGAGCAUGCUCAGUAAGGGUUUUGGCGAGGUGGGAGACACUAAAGGCAACAGUGGCAGCUCCACCAGUGGUUCCCAGUUUCUGGAGCAAUUUAAGACGGCUCAGGCUCUGGCUCACCUGGCAGCCCAGCACUCCCAGAGCGGGCCCCCCAACACAGGCCCGUCCACCUGGGACACCAGCCCUGCUACACUGGGACAAUAUGAUUUGAAACCUCAGACAGAUACCCUGGUGCACAGUCCCUUCACCAAACGGCAGCCCUACCAGCCCACCUCCACUGCUUCCUCUAUGAUGGAUGCCUUCCUGCAAGAUAAAGCCCCUCCUCCAUCCACUGCCUCCUCCCUGUCCUCCCAGUCCACCCCCUCUGCCUCACUGACCCAGACUGUCUCUACCCCGCUCCCAAAGCCUUCAGGCCCUGCUCCAAGCCAGCAGAUAUCUCCAGGACCUGCUGAGCCACAGGCCUCAAGUCCUCUACCCCUACAACAGCAUAAGCUCAAACAACAAAAGAAGAGAACCUCUAUUGCCACAAAGAUUCCCGCUUUAGCAGUGGAGAUGCCGGGUUCAGCAGAUAUCUCUGGACUCAACUUGCAGUUCGGAGCAUUACAGUUCGGCUCAGAACCCGUCCUCCCCGAGUACGACACCACAGCCGCGGUUCCCACCACUUUACCAGGAAACCAAGCUCAGAACAGCGUCUGUGCUAGCAGUGAGCAGACCCCAGCCCUGUCCACCCCCACUCAGAUGGAGCUGUAUGAGCAGAGAACGAGUCAGACACGACGCUACCCAUCCUCCGUCUCAUCCUCCCCACAGAAAGACAUGCAGCCCAAGAAUGGAUUCAGUUCAAUACAGACAACACAGUCUCUGGAAGCUGCAGCGGGCUCUGCAGUGUCCUCCAAAUCAAUGUCUGACCCUGUUGCACCUUCCACUGUGUCAAAUAUGGCCUCGUUGGCAGACCCGUCGUCAGGUUCUGCAUCUCUGCUGACCACGUCCCAUCAGACAACUCUUGCCGCUCUUGGACAUGAAGACUCUUCCUCUAAUUCAAUUGCUCCUUCGCAACACAACAAUUCUCUUCCUACACAACAGAACAGUUUGGCUCCAUCCUCAGGCCGUACAUCUAACACAAGUCUGCUGCAUCCAAAUGUGGAUGGAGACUCCAGCCUGCACUCAACUUCAUUCUCCUCCGUGUCUGCGGUGGCCCCCUCUUCCAUCGCUCCCUCCUCUGUCUCCUCCUCUUCCUCUGCUGCCCCUGUCUCUUACAGCGCCCCUGUUCCUCCCUCCUCUUCGUCGGUCAGUGCUGUCUCUGCCCAGUCUAGUCUGGGGUCAGUCAGCAGUCUGGCUAUGGGCCUCAACAGUGCUGGUGGAGUGACCUCCAUCGUGCCCCCCACAGCUGUUGCAGCGGCCUCCUCAUCCUCAGUGGCCUCAGCCACUGCCGCACCUUCAUCAGCCUCUUCAUCGCGCAGCGCGGCCGCCUCAGGGAAAGCACCUCCAAACCUGCCACCUGGAGUGCCUCCCCUGCUGCCUAAUCCAUACAUCAUGGCUCCUGGCUUGCUUCAUGCAUAUCCGCCCCAAGUUUACGGCUAUGAUGACCUACAGAUGCUCCAGACCAGGAUACCACUGGAUUACUACAGCAUCCCAUUUGCAACCCCAACAACAGCACUGACUGGCAGGGAAGGCAGUUUGACCAACAAUCCUUAUUCUGCUGGUGACCUGACUAAGUUUGGCCGUGGGGAUACUUCUUCUCCAGCGCCGGCCACCACGCUGGCUCAGCCUCAGCAGAGCCAGACCCAGACACACCACACCACCCAGCAGCCCUUCCUAAACCCUGCGCUACCCCCUGGCUACAGCUACACCAGCUUGCCCUACUAUACUGGUGUGCCCGGUCUGCCCAACACCUUCCAGUAUGGUCCUGCAAUGUUCCCGGUUGCUCCUACCUCCUCAAAACAACAUGGUGUGAAUGUUGGUGUCAAUGCUUCAGCCACGCCCUUCCAACAGGCUAGUGGUUACGGAUCCCAUGGAUACAGCACUGGCUAUGAGGAUUUGGGCCAGGCUUCGGCAGGGAGUGGGGAUUUCUGUAAGGGCGGCUACGGCACCGCUGUGGCUGCCGCUGCUGCUGCUGCCGCCGCCGCUGCUUCUGCGCAAAACAAGCCCGCCAGCUCAGUCACCGCGCCGGGAGUUGGAGUCUCAGUGACCUCCAGCAACACAGGAGUUCCUGACAUUUCAGGGUCUGUUUACACAAAGACACAGUCAUUUGAUAAACAGGGUUUCCACACGGGAACACCUGGUGCCUCCUUCAGUCUGCCCUCAGCACUUGGAAGCGGUGGUCCCAUCAACCCUCCGGCUGCAGCUGGCUAUGCCCCGGCCCAAUUCAUGCACAUUUUGACUCCGCAUCAGCAGCCACAUUCCCAGAUGCUGCACCACCACCUGCAGCAGGAUGGACAGAGUGGCUCUGGACAGCGCAGUCAGAAUGCUUCCAUUCAACAGAAGUCCCAGAUCAACAAGUCUGCUUAUAACAGCUAUAACUGGGGAGGCAAUUAACAUGCUCUUCUUCAAUUUGGUGUGCAAAAGGCUAAAAUUAGGGGACCCUUUUCUUCCUCCCUAAAAA